GGAGAUGUUGACACACAAUGAAAGGAGAUCUUUGCUUGGCUCAUCAGACGUUCUCGCGCAAUCCUUUUUUCACAAAUAGGUCGCGAGAUUAAGUGCACGUCUUGUUUUAGACGACGUCUUCUUCGGGGAACCAUAUAGAAACAAGUUUUUACAGUAUAUAGGAUAUAUGUACGCCUCCAGAAAUCGGCAGGAGAUGACGGGAUUACAUUUCUAUAUGCAACGUCGUCGCUGCCAUUAACAGGAAACGGUUUGUUUUGGUGGGGUUUUUUUCGUAUGCUGUGCUUUUCUGCUGUCUACCCACAUGCGACCACGACUGCUUCGGAGAAUUCACUGUGAGGAGAAAUUAAUGGAGCUCGGUUAACUUUAGCGCGAGCGCUAAUUUACGUUUGCCAGUUCACCGACUUGCUUUAUAUAGGCAUCAUACAGGCAGUUGUGCUGCCUAAACAGUGUAGGUUAGAUUUGAUCGUCUGUUAACUGUGGGACGCGCUCCGCCUUCCACCGUAUAUAAUAUACAUACGUUACAGCGCGCUCUCAAUAUGGUGGCCAACGCAAUCCACUGGUUCCGAAAGGGACUGAGGCUACACGACAACCCGUCUUUAAGGGACACGAUUCGGGUGGCUCACAGUUUACGCUGCAUCUACAUCCUGGACCCUUGGUUUGCAGGCUCGUCAAACGUGGGCAUCAAUAGGUGGAGGUUUUUGUUACAUUGCUUGGAGGACUUAGAUGCCAGUCUGCGUAAACUCAAUUCCCGCCUCUUUGUCAUUCGAGGUCAGCCCACAGAUGUCUUCCCCAGACUAUUCAAGGAAUGGCAGAUAACUCAUUUGUCCUACGAAUAUGACUCGGAGCCUUUUGGCAAGGAACGGGAUGCUGCUAUUCAAAAGCUAGCCACCGAGGCGGGGGUUGAGGUCAUGGUGCGGAUUUCGCACACCCUCUAUGAUCUAGACAAGAUCAUAGAAGUGAAUGGCGGUCAGCCUCCUCUCACAUACAAGCGCUUCCAGGCUCUUAUCAGUUGCAUGGAUGCUGUGGACUCUCCGGCAGAGACUAUCACAACGCAAGUCCUCAAAAAUUGCACAACACCCAUCAGUGAUGACCAUGACGACAAGUUUGCAGUGCCGUCACUUGAAGAACUUGGUUUUGAGACUGAGGGCCUAACAACAGCAGUUUGGCCUGGUGGAGAAACAGAAGCCCUCUUGAGACUAGAGAGACAUCUUGAGAGAAAGGCCUGGGUCGCAAAUUUUGAGCGUCCUCGAAUGAGCGCCAACUCGCUCCUGGCAACUCCUACAGGCCUCAGCCCCUACCUUCGCUUUGGAUGCCUGUCUUGCCGACUCUUCUAUUUCAAGCUUACUGACCUGUACAUGAAGGUUAAAAAGAACAGCACACCACCACUCUCCUUGUAUGGCCAACUGCUAUGGAGGGAGUUUUUCUACACGACCGCUACCAACAACCCGUGUUUUGACAAGAUGGAGGGAAACCCUGUAUGCGUCUUGAUCCCCUGGGAGCGAAACCCAGAGGCGCUCGCCAAAUGGGCAGAAGGACGGACAGGCUUUCCUUGGAUAGAUGCGAUUAUGACCCAGCUGAGGCAGGAGGGUUGGAUCCACCAUUUGGCCCGACACGCUGUGGCCUGUUUCCUCACCAGGGGAGACCUCUGGAUCAGCUGGGAAGAAGGCGUGAGGGUGUUUGAAGAGUUGCUGUUAGAUGCGGACUGGAGUGUAAAUGCUGGCAGUUGGAUGUGGCUUUCUUGCAGUUCCUUUUUCCAGCAAUUUUUCCACUGUUACUGUCCUGUAGGAUUUGGGCGACGUGCAGACCCCAACGGUGACUACAUUAGGCGUUAUUUGCCCAUCCUGAGAGGCUUUCCAGCCAAAUAUAUCUACGAUCCAUGGAAUGCCCCAGAGGAACUACAGAAGGCUGCCAAGUGUGUCAUCGGAGUGCACUACCCAAAGCCCAUGGUGAACCAUGCUGAGGCCAGCCGCGUCAACAUAGAGCGGAUGAAGCAAAUUUAUCAGCAACUUUCCUGCUACAGAGGACUAUGUCUGCUGGCAACAGUCCCACAUAAUCACAACAGCGGGGCAAAUGAUAAUGUGGGAGGAGUCAACCCAGGAACUAGUCAAGGGCCAGAAGGCUCCUCAGAAGACGCAUCAAUCCAGAAGGGAACAUCUCAAGCAGGUGCUUUGAAUGCAGAGAAAGGGCGGUCAAGGCAGAAGCGACGGAGUGAAGAAAGCCAAGCCAAGAGCAACUCCAAAUCCCUAAGGCCAAGCAAAUAGUGUUGCAAAAGACAAAAUACAAAGAAUCCCUCAGUCAGCCUGAAUGGCAUCCUCCUCCAUUGGGCCUUCAGCUCUUUCUAAUUUACUGGAACUGAAACUGCCCAUGGCGGAGUUCCAGUGGGGAGUCAUGGAUUCAGAUCCCUGCGUUACUGACAAUUUGAAAGAAUACCUUUCAGACACAAGUACUCCAGCACAGUCAGUUAUUAGCACGAACCAAUCUCCUAAUAAGACAUUCUGGGAAUUUUGCCUUCCCACAGACAAAGGUUGGUACUCUAGGGGCUAUCAAGCCAACCUUUUGCAAAGCCAAAAGACAAUGAAGCAGUGUUCAUUCGCCUUACAGGACUAUUGGUUUGUAAAUGGUCAGCUACACAUCUAAGUGAAAAGUUCUUGUCAUGCCUUUAGUGUUAAACCCCAACGACUGUCAACAUACCAUGAGAUAUAUUCAAAAACCAACUUCCAUGAGUGAGGUAAAAUAUCAAACCAUUUAUAACCGAUUGGUUUCACACACAUUAAGCUAAUAAGAGUUUAGUAUAAUACAAACCCAAUUCCCAUGACAUUGGGGCAUUAUGCUAAACAUGAAUAAAAACAGAAUACAAUGAUUAGCAAAUCAUCUUCAACCUAUAUUUAAUUGAACACCACAAAGACAUUAUAUUUAAUGUUCAAACUGAUACACUUUAUUUUUAGCAAACAAUCAUUAACUUGGAUUCUUUUUGGCUGCAACACAUUCUGCAAAAGCUGCGACAGGGUCAUCUUUACCACUGUAUUGCAUCAUCUUUUAACAACAUUCAGUAAACAUUUGGGAACUGAGGACACUCAUCGUUGAAGCUUUCUAGGUGAAUUUCUUUCCCAUUCUUGCUUGAUGUAAUGAUGAAUAAGACAUUGCUUGGAUGGCAGACUAUUAAGUUACUCCAAAACCUGUAUGUACCUUUUAUCAUUACUGAUGCCGUCACGGAUGUAAGUUGCCUAUGCAUUGACACCUGUGUUUUGUCGUGUAUUCACUCAACUACACGUUGAACAUGUUUUGCAAAUCAUUGUAUUGCGUUUUUAUUUAUGUUGAAAACAGCGUCCCAACUUAAUUGAAAUUGGGUUUGUGCAACAACCCUGAACAAGAGUAAUUCAGACAGUGUCUUUUAGGAGAUUUUUCUUUGUAUUGCUGUUGAACUGUACGGAAUUCCUUCAUCUUAUUUACACAAGCAAAUUGAGUCUGUCCCAAGAUAUUUUUUUUCGAUUCGGUAUCUGAUUGAAAAUGACAGUAUCAAAUCCAAAUAUAUAUAUAUAUAUAUAAAGCAUGCUAAUGUAUGUUUAAUGUUAUGAAGAAUAUGAAAUGUUCAAAACCUCAAAGAAACUGACUGAGAUGGUGGGAUCACACAUGUAAAUACAGUAGUUGCUCAGUUUUUUUUAAGUGUAUAUUUGGGGGUUCUGAACUCCUUUUGUAAGUACUGUACCUCCUCAUUACCAAGCGUUGCUGUUUUGUGAUGGGUUUUUUGUUUUUUUUUUUUUAGUAAAGAAUGACCAGAUAUAACCUGUUUUGGAAAUAAAGCAACAUUGUGAUAU